CUCUGUACCGUACCUAAAAGACUAGCGCCAUUUUGUAUAUAUUUAAAAUUUUUCUUUUCAAAAAAAACUUGAUUUUCCAUUUUUGUUAGAUGCUAUAUUGGAUUGGAUAAGAAGGAAAAAAGGAAAAAGUAAAACCAUACCCACGCUCUUCACUACGCGCUCUAGUUUUCGGGUUUUUUCCUCAAAAACUUUCUGAUAAAACUCACAUCACAGAGGCCGGCUUGUUGCUCGUUUGGAUUAUUUUAGAACAGAAAAGUCAGAAAAACGACAGCGACGCGAUCGUCUACGACAUAAAUAGAUCACUGUCAUUUCCAAAUACCAUCAUACAACGAUUGUGUUUCUCUUUCACACCAAUCUAUCACCUAAGCCCAAAAAAAAAAAAAAAAAAAAAUGGAGCUUAAACCGGGUUUAUCAGCUCUAGUCACCGGUGGAGCCUCUGGAAUCGGAAAAGCUCUGAGCUUGGCUUUUGGAGGGAAGGGGAUAUUUGUAACCGUGGUUGAUUUCUCCGAGGAAAAGGGAAGGGAAGUGGUAUCCCUUGUUGAAAAAGAGAAUGCCAAGUUCCAUUCCAACUUGGGUUUUCCUUCUUCUAUAUUCAUCAAAUGCGAUGUCUCUAAUUCUGGAGAAAUAAGAGCUGCAUUUGAGAAGCAUGUAGCAACAUAUGGAGGGUUGGAUAUCUGUGUUAACAGUGCUGGGAUUGGUAAUCCUAUACCAUUCCAUCGGGAUGAAACCGAUGGCACUCCCUCAUGGAGGCGCACUGUUAAUGUGAACCUCAUUGCUGUUAUCGAUUGCACCCGCCUUGCGAUUAAAGCCAUGGAAGAAGCUAAAAAGCCUGGUGUAAUUAUCAAUAUGGGGUCUGCUUCUGGACUAUAUCCGCUUUACACUGACCCAAUCUAUACUGCCUCAAAAGGUGGUGUUGUUAUGUUUACUAGAUCGCUUGUUCGUUACAAGCAUCAAGGAAUUCGCAUCAAUGUGUUGUGCCCUGAAUUUGUUGGAACUGAUAUGGGCUCCAAGGUGGGCACUAAAUUUGUUGAUUUGAUGGGGGGGUUUGUACCCAUGGAAACAGUGGUGAAAGGGGCUUUUGAGCUUAUUACCGAUGAGAGUAAAGCUGGUUCCUGUCUAUGGAUUACUAAUCGCAGAGGCAUGGAGUAUUGGCCAACUCCAGUGGAAGAAGCGAAAUACUUGAUCCGCUCCUCAAAAUCCGCAAAGAAUAUAUCAUCACAAGCUCCUCUGAAUUUUCAACUACCUCGAAGUUUUGAGAAAGUAGUUGUUCACACCCUGACUCACAAUUUCCGAAAGGCUACCCGCAUAGUGCGCACCCCAUUGAGAUUGCCCAUUCCACCACAUCAUGUUUUGGUGAAAGUCAUUUAUGCUGGUGUAAAUGCUAGUGAUGUAAAUUUCAGUUCAGGACGUUAUUUCAGUGGGAACAAUAAAGACCUUGGUUCCCUUCUUCCAUUUGAUGCCGGCUUUGAGGCUGUGGGGAUAAUUGCGGCGGUGGGGGAUUCUGUCACUAACUUGAAAAUUGGUUCUCCUGCUGCUCUUAUGACUUAUGGAAGUUAUGCUGAAUUCACAAUGGUUCCUUCAAAACAUGUACUUCCUGUGGCAAGGCCAGAUCCGGAAGUUGUCGCCAUGCUUACCUCAGGACUAACAGCAUCAAUUGCUUUAGAGAAGGCAGGACAAAUGGAAUCUGGAAAAGUAGUUCUGGUUACUGCUGCUGCCGGAGGGACUGGGCAAUUUGCAGUCCAGCUUGCAAAAUUAGCUGGAAAUAAAGUGGUUGCAACCUGUGGAGGUGAGGAAAAGGCUAAGCUUUUGAAAAAUUUGGGAGUUGAUAGAGUCAUAGACUACAGAGCUGAGGACAUGAAAACUGUUCUAAAGAAAGAGUUCCCUAAGGGUGUUGACAUCAUCUAUGAGUCUGUUGGUGGUCCCAUGUUUGAUUUGUGCCUGAAUGCUUUGGCAGUCUAUGGACGACUCAUUGUGAUUGGAAUGAUUUCUCAGUAUCAAGGGGAGCAUGGAUGGAAGCCAUCAAAUUAUACUGGACUAUGUGAGAAGAUUUUAGCAAAAAGCCAAACUGUGGCUGGGUUUUUCCUAAUACAGUAUGCUCACUUGUGGCAACAACAUUUGGACCAACUAUUUAAUCUUUUCUCUUUGGGAAAAUUAAAGGUUGCUUUAGACCCGAAACAAUUUCUGGGUAUUCAUUCAGUUGCUGAUGCUGUUGAGUAUCUCCAUUCUGGUAGAAGUGUUGGGAAGGUUGUUGUUUGUAUUGAUCCAACCUUCAGUCAAAAAACAGCAAAGCUAUGAGAUAACGUUUGCUGACCAACCCACCCGGACAUAAUUCAUGAGAUCUUUUAACAAUAUGCGAGUCAGACUGGUAAAUGGCAUUGCAGAACAUUACAAAUGCUUGCAGCUCUUAUUUUAAACAAACAGGACCACAGUGGAAUUCUUUUGGUUGUUGCAGAUGAUAGUUUCUCUAGUUGAAUUAGUUAAUUUGUUUGGCCAAAAAAGAUGGAUGUUUAUAGAUACAAGAAAAAUAGUUAUGCAAGUUUUAAGCUACAUUUUAUAUCUCCAUUUCUGUUCUAUAUGCCCUGUAUGAGCUUCUAUCAGACAGAAGUUUUACCUGUCUUACAUACCAAGGAAUAAAAAUAAUAAGGGGUUUGUCUA